AUGCUAAGUGUCCCUGCUGGAACCUGCUCCAACAACUUUCCUCGCACGCCGGUCAUUACCUUUGGAGCUGUAGCUGGAGACCUAGCAAUGGCUGGAAGCUUAUCAUACCUCUUCUCGCGCAAGGAACGGGCACGGAGACGAAAUGCGCAACAAGAGGAAUAUUCGCCCGUUCAGCCCCCACCGGCCUAUAAGAUAGAAGAAAUGGGUUACAAUAGAAGCAUCCCUCCGUCACCCCGGCCACUCUCCACCUUCGCUCCGGAAUAUGGUCGUCAAGCCCAGUACAAUCAUCAAUACCAACAGCAGUUAUCACGACCAUCGUUUGAACAGCCUCCACCAUACCCCACAAUACCAAAAUACGAUCCGUCACAAUAUCAACCGAUACGGCCAACAUCAAUGAUCCUUGACAUGAAUAGUUAUGCAAAUUGCUCCCACUCUCUUUACUCGCAUCCCGGCCCCUCCUCCCGGUUAAGUGCAGUUCACUACGGCGAUGCCAGGCUGUCAACCUACCCUCCAGUUACGGAGCAGGCACCAAUGGCUUUGCACUAUCCAGUGCCGCUUAGACCUUUGGGGAACCAAGAUGCUCGGGAGAGACGAGAAAGGAGUUUCUCCGAGCCAAUGCUCUCGGGUCAGCCCGCCGACUCCAAAGGGACUAAACAAUCUAAACCCGUUCUGUCGCGGCUGAUCACCAAUUUCCGCUAA